AUGACGCAAGAAACCUCUCAAAUCGUACCCCGCUACUUGACCGGCGAUAAGGCCGGUCUCCAGGAGUUCCUGGCCAAGUUCGAUGUAUUCCUCUUCGACUGUGAUGGCGUCCUAUGGUCCGGUGACCACCUCUUCCCUGGAACGGUCGAGACACUAGAGCUUCUCCGCAACAAUGGAAAGCAAGUCGUUUUCGUGACGAAUAACAGCACCAAGUCGCGCGCAGAUUACCGCAAGAAGCUUGAAGGCUUGGGCAUUCCCAGCACAGUGGAAGAAAUCUUCUCCUCCUCGUACAGUUCCUCGAUAUACAUUUCCCGCAUCCUCCAACUCCCCGAAAACAAGCGCAAAGUCUACGUGAUUGGCGAGACAGGCAUUGAGCAAGAACUCCGCUCUGAGAAUGUCCCCUUCAUUGGCGGCACAGACCCCGCAUACCGCCGCGACGUUACGCCCGAGGACUACAAGAAGAUCGCCGCGGGCGAUGAAUCCAUGCUGGACCCCGAAGUCGGUGUUGUCCUCGUUGGCCUCGAUUUUCACAUGAAUUACCUCAAGAUCGCGCUGGCAUACCACUACAUCAGACGCGGAGCUGUUUUCCUUGCCACGAAUAUUGACUCCACUUUGCCGAACUCCGGGACUCUCUUCCCCGGUGCUGGAUCUAUGAGUGCACCGCUGAUUAUGAUGUUGAAUCAGGAGCCUGUUGCACUUGGGAAACCUAGUCAAGCCAUGAUGGAUUCCAUUGAGGGCAAGUUUAAGUUUGAUCGGAGCCGGGCCUGCAUGGUCGGUGAUCGGGCCAACACGGAUAUUCGUUUCGGACUUGAGGGAAAGCUUGGCGGCACACUUGGUGUUUUAACCGGCGUUUCUUCCAAGGAUGACUUUGUUUCUGGAGACGUUAGGCCUCAUGCUUACUUGGACAAGCUUUCUGAUUUGCUGGGCUCGCAGUAG